GCCGCUCUGGUCCCUCCCGGGAUGGCCAGAGCCUCUGCGAGCCACCGAGCAGCGCCGAGAUGCUGCUCCCGUCCGUGCAGGCACUGCUCGGGCUCCUCCUGCUGCUCCCAGGUUCUACAGCUUCCACAAACUCCUCCAGCCCCACUGGAACAGGUCAAUCCCAACCUACAGCACCCAGCCCUGAAGCAAAGAACCACAGCUCAGAGCCAUCAGUAAAAUCAACACCACCGACCAACCUGAACCUCACCUCUGCGGGUCAAACUACUACAGCCAAACCCUCCCCCACCACUACAACAACCCUGACAGCAACCACCGAGCGAGAUGAUAAGUCUGGUGGAAACAGAAGCACGGCAGCUCCUUCUCCAACUUCUCCAACACCUCAAGGUCAGGAUCCCAUGAGGAAUGAGAGCACCACAACAGCAGCGACUCAAGGCACCUCAGGACACAUCACCCCAACACCCAACUCCUCCAGCCAACUGCCUGAGCCCACCCCGACAGACGAGAAAUCGCCGCUGACAGUGGCAGCUUUUGGUGUCAUCAGCUUCGUUGUUAUCCUGAUAGUGGUGGUCAUCAUCCUGGUCAGUGUGGUCAGCCUGAGGUUCAAGUGCAACCAUUCCAAGGAUUCAGAAGACAAACAGAAACCAGGAACCUCAAUGGUAUCAGAGAGCUGCUCGGCAGACAUGAGCCAGAAGGGGAACAGCAUCACUCUGAUCUCCAUGAAGAACAUCAACACCAACAACAGCAUGAGCUACCCCCCAUCAGAAAAGGUUUCCCUUUUCAGCCUUGCUUUUUAGGGAAUCAGCUGGGGAUCAUUUCUCUGGCUGGAUAAGAGCAUGCCUUAAGGUGUUAUGAAGCCAAGAGCCCAGAGAUCGAAGCUGACACGUGACAACCAGCAGUGGCUUUCUAGGUUCUUUUUUUUUUUUUUCCCCCUUCGGGGAAAGAGCAAGGGUGGACUUUAUAUAUAAAUUAUUAUGUCCUUUCUGAUCAGUACAUUUGCAGUAGUGUCCUACAUAGCUUCCCCACCUGGGGCCUGAGGGCUUUCUCCAGUUACAGCCCGCCACGCUCCGUGGUUGAUAUCUAACUCUAUUUUUGAUAUGCCUUCAAACACUCAGAUAAUUCCAGCAGCAAGAAGCACCAAAGCACCAUCCACUCCGCUAAUAAACCUCUGCCUUAGAUUAAUGGCCUUUAUAGUCUGUGCCAGGCAGUCACAGGCUCGUUAAUCAGCAUAGCCCCACGUCGAGCCAGACCCGCGAGCUGGGAAAGCCUGAUCCAAAGCUGAAGGCCUGAUGGGACUUAAAUGCCCAAGUUCUAGGUCAAAUCCCAGCACGACUGCUCCAAGCCCCUUAUCCCCAGUGCUCUCAUUGUCCCCACAGCAGUGGGAUGGUCACAUCCACCUACCUCACAGGGUUGUUGUGAGGCCUUGUUAAUCUGUCUGUAAAGUGCAUGGAGAACCGUGAAUUAAAGGUGCUGCUGAAAUGCAAAUCGCCAUCUUAAACACUUUAUUAUUAUUAUUAUUAAUAAUAAUAACAACGGAGCUUCCGGAAGGCAGAUCAUUAUGUCCCCACAUGCUCAGGGACUCGGCUGAAGUGUAAGGAACAAAGUCCCUGCUUAGAUCGUGGUUUAUCUCGGUGUAAAAUGAAUGGUCACAAGCAAAUUGCUGAGUUCCUUCAGCUCCUGGAACGUGCCCAAGUUUGCCAGGAGAGCUUCCAUCAUCUCCAGCUUCCCCAAAGCUUCCU